AUGUUGACGCUUGUCACCAAUUUGGUCAUGGGACUUUGGAUCUUCUUCCGAUCCUGGAUCCCAAAAGUCAGUGCCACUGUCAACGGCUUAUUAGCCGCGACUUGGGCGGCUGGCUACGGUUUGCUCAUAGACGCAAUGAAAUCGACCAUCACAACACCAUGCUCUGUUGCUUACUGGGGCGAUAAUCGUGGAAUUCUUGUUUGCAGUCUUUACAAGGCGCUACUGGCUGCCGGUGCUGUCGGCCUUACGAUUGCCAUGGUCGUCCUGGACGUUCUUGCCGCUCGAACAUUGCGGAAUUCUCGCAAGUCUCGCACUGGAAUGAAAGAACUGCUGUUGGGGAAGCCAACAGAGACGGUUUAUGAACCAGUUUGGGCCACCCGAGAUGAUAUGGCCGUUAGUCUGGAGCCCACAGAGAACGAGAAAUAUGAAGGCCUGCGACGCAACAGUGACCCCUAA